AUGGAGUCGGAUAGCUAUGGAAUCCCGAUCGAACUAAUGGGUGGGCGAGAGUUUGGCCUCUGCGACCACUGCAAGAAAUUCCAAGCCGUCGGAAUUCUGAAUGACCAUGCCUGGGAAAUCGCCUACGAGCGCUAUGAAAAACUCGUCCCAGACGAUAAGAAGAAAGGCCGCUUCAAGCAGGUCCGACGCUUUCUUCCUAAAUGGUACCCAUUUCGCGGUGAAGAUAGCAGCAAAAACCAACGCCGUUUGGAAUUCUACGAGAAGCUUGGCAAGACGCCUCCAAAGACACAAGUCAAACGAGGGAGCAUGACGAGUUCGAUCGGCUACGCGUACUCGCCAACAGCCUCCAGGGCGGGAAGUGACUUUCUUCCAGUGAACACACGGCGAGGCAUUCGUAGACCAAACACGUCCGUCCCUAGUCGACCUCGCGUCCAAACCGAAGUCGCAAUUGUUGACCUAACGCUCGAUGAUGAUAAUGAUGAUGCAGAAAAAACUCAACAAGAACAAACUAACCAGAAGACAAACAGUCUUGCCGAUCAAAAUAACCAAGAAGAAAAUAAUGAAAAGAGUCUCCAAGAGAGCGAGUCGCCGAAGAAAGAGUUUUUCUUAAACGAAGAGGAGGAGCUCUGUAUGAAAAAUGAGUUGAGCAGUCCUCCGCCACCGCUGAGAAAGAUUUCGAAUGAUUCAAAUGUUUCUGUUCCUUCUUUGGAAGAUCUUCAUCCUGACCAGCUGCCGAAUGAAUUCGUUGAUCCUGAACCUGAGAAAAACAACCCGACCUCCCCUAAAGAUGGCUCCUUGAUUAUUGAUGAAGAUUCAAUGAGUAGAAAAAGUCCUUCAAAUUCUCCACUGCCAAAUUCUAGUGAAGCAAAAUUAACAAAGCCUGAUGAAAAUGAUAAAAUGUCAAAUUCAAAUGAAGAUAUUGACAAAUCUGAAGACAGCGUCAGCAGAAUAAAUGAAGUCCAGAAGAUCGUCGCUGAACCAGUAGAAUCAUCAACUGACAAAAGUGAAUCCGAGGAAGGAAAUGUCCGUUCGCUUCGUGCAUUCGCAAGGAAAAAGAGUAUCCUGGAAGAAGCUUUCGAAUCGAUCGAGAAGGACGCCGAUGGUGCUCCUUCAUCAGAACCCUUUGACCUGGAAAAGAUAAUUCAAGAAACUGUUGGAAAGAUUGGCGAUGAAGGAAAAGAGACGCGAGAGACCCAGGAAGCUCCUGAAGAAUCGGUUAAAGUCGCGAUGGCGUCGGAUUCGGACUCUGAAUUCAAACACAACUUCAAAUCGCGUGAGCAAAUUGAACACGACAGUGUUGACGAGUUUUCAUACGACGAAGAAAGCAUCAAAAGCAUGGGAAAAAUUGAAGCCGGCAAGGUGGAGAAUUUCGAUAAGCCGAAUGUGCAACGUAAAGAAGAACCCGCGCAUGAGAGAGAUUCCGACGCGUUAGUUGAUAAGAAGGAAUCCGAUUGCACACUUGAGAAAGAAGAGGCGAAAAAGGAGGGAAAAUAUUCUCAGGAAGAGUUUACAGUAGAACUGCUUGAAGGAGGAGCGCACAAGACAGAGAUCGACAACGGCUUUGAGGAAACAGUUCCAGACCAAUCUGAUUCCACCCACCUAACUAUCAAUCAAGACGAGCAAGACUGGCAAAACGGCCAAGCCAUGGUCCGAGAAUUCCCCAUUUUUAUCAACCAAGGCUUAGCGAACGGUGCAGCGCCUUUCAAAAGACAACGAUCGGCUUCCAUUGAAAUAGAGAGCGAAAGCGGCGAGGAACUUGAUGUGGGUACCCGUGCAGACGAAAUCGCGUAUUACAAGCCACUGCAAAGAGAAGAGGUAGUGGUGCCGGCACAGACGCAAGAGAAUGAAUAUAUUGACGUUAUGAGCGUCAAACCAUCGAUGGAAAAACCACUAACAGUGACUCCAGAGCUUUCGGGCUCGCCCGACGUUCACCGAGAAGGUGUCAUUAUGAGAUCCUUUCACUCUCAAGAAAGUGGAAGAAAGCGAGGAGUUCCAGAAGAUGGUGGCGUAAUUUCAGACGAUUCGCCUGAGCGCCCAGGAUCAAGAACGAGCUAUUUAACGAAGGAGAAGCGCUCUACUCAGCGACAAGUGAACAACUUCAUACAGAACGCGUUCGUCGAUACAAGAGCCAGUACGCCAGCGCUGAAACUCGUGGGCGUAACAUCGAACGGUGUGAACUUUCCGCCUGCUUCUUCAAAUACGAUUCGACAUCUUCACCCGAACGAGUAUUCGAAGGUCAUUCAGCCAGAGAGAAAGCGUCGCUCUCCAAAGCUCCAGCACCAUCCGUACCAGAGACAUCAAGUACCGCAAACUCAGCGAAUUCAACGAGUAGACCGAAUCCCGAAUACUCAGUACUUUACAGAUCCAGCUGUUCAGCAAGAUCUGCAGCAUCAAGUGAGUAGAAUGAACGAAAGGAGGCAGCCAGCUUACCAUCAGCCGGGCUUCCGAUCGAGCGACCAUUCCCACCAAGCUGAGGAAGAACUACGUUUAUAUCAGCAGAUGAAUCAAGCGCAGUAUCAACAAGCGCACGGACAAAGGAGUGCUCCUCAGCAAUCUCCGCGAGGACUUCUUACCGAAAGUGUUCGACAGACGAGCGUGAUGCAAUACGGAAACACGCCAGUUAUUUCUCAGGGUAUAGAAUUCUUAUUGAAAUCGCAUCUAUCUGAUGUUUCAGAUCAACUUAACAGCGUACUUCUUCAAAAUGGACAAGCAGAGCAGUACGUCCACUCUGGGCAGCUUCAAACUGGCCGCGCUCACUUACAGGAACGUUUUCAGCAACCGCAAGUCCCCCACCCAUCCUUCAACAUGUUUCGUCUUCCCUUUGCCGUCCCUCGUUUCCCUGUUGCUCCCCCGCCUUUCCCCUUCUACGACCCCAAACUUAUCUCUCCACCUGGCAAAGUAUUUCCCCGCCGAAAUCUCCCUGCCUUCCAAAGCCCUCACCAACCGGCCCCUGCUACAAGGGAGACAGAAGCUGAUGCCACUAUUAAUCGCCCUUGUCCUCCAGUUUCGUCUCAGUUCUUGCCCAAGGACUUAAACAGCAACACUAUUGAAUUGCGGCCCAAUAUUCGCGAGCCCUUUUAUGCUCACCACCCUCACAUCGCUUCUUCUAACAUUAUUGAAACCAAAGCGGCUCUAGAGCCAGCUUUGAAACCCAUUUCCUCCACUACCACUUCUCAGUCUUCAGCAACCUCUUCAAGUUCAUCCAGCACCUCCUCUCGAUCUCAGUCGUCUACCCCUCAGUUUGAGUCGAUUGUCUUCAAGAAUCAGAACGAAUGCGGACAGCAUAUGUUCUCCAUUCUCGAUACUUGCUUUCCUAAAAAACUAGAGUUUUAA